CCACUUCCACGAAUAGGAGACGAAUUGGAACAGAAAGCGGUAGGUAAGCCAAGAGUUUACGGUGGGGCUCGACCUUCAACAAUGUCAAUUGUCAAUGCGAUUUCCAUGUUUACCCUACAUCACAGCUGCUCUCGUAUCUGCUUCACCGCCAGCCUGGAUACUACCGGGUUUGGCACAUGUCUUGCCGCCUUGCGGCAUGACGAUGGUUGAGAGAAGGGGGAUGGACGGUAUAAAGAGGCCGGACUAGAACUGGCCCAACAUCCAUCUGAGCCAUCAACACAAUCAGAUCGACUUCCACUGCAACAAUCACUCCAUCGCCUCAGUCUCACUCAACCUCUCAACUCUCGCAUUCUCAACCAGCGCUACACUAGCCAACAACAAACCCACACAGCAAACAUGCAGCUCAACGCCGUCGUCCUCUCCCUCUUCGCCGCCGCGGCUUCGGCUGCGCCCACCGACAGCUCUGAGCGCAAGUUCGGCAUCAUGGCCCUCCGCUCGGCCUCCCCCAUCCACUUUGCCAUGGCCGGCGCCUCGCAGGGCAAGCUCGGCUUCAACUUCCCCGACAGCAAGAACGACGCUCAGUGCACCGACGGGCAGAAGCCCACGGCGGCCACCUUCACCCUCAAGGACGGCGAGCUCUACCUGUACGGCAGCGACCAGGUGCAGCAGAUCUACGUCGACCGCUCCGGCAUGGGCCAGGGCGUGCUUGGCUACUUCAACAAGGACGUCUCGCGCCCGCCGAGGAACGGUGAGCUCAGCGGAUGGUCGGUCGACGAGAACGACAACCUCACCUUCGACGGCACCCCGCUCAAGGCCUGCCCGGGCACCGACAACGCCUACUACAUCUGGGCAUCGGGCGCCGACAAGCCCGCCGGCAUCGAGGGCUGCCUCGGCUUCUCGGCCCGCACCGUCACCAAGUCCGACGCCGUCCAGUGCACCUACAGCACCUACUCGGCUUAAAUCUUUUUGUUUUGGUCGGCGUGAACUAACUGGGUUGGAGAGAGGGAAGCCGCGGGGGCAGGUCUUUUUCAAGAUCAUGGUGGUGCUUCCGAGGGGAGUGUGUGUGUGCGCGUGAUGACAACCUGCAUCGUUCUCGAUAUUUUUAGUAUCUAUUAUCUAGUAUCAGCAUCAAAGCACAGCGGCAUUUGAUAUCUUUAUCAAUUUUUAGCCCGACUGUUCUGCAGGCGUUGCCUUUUUGUGAAGAAUGAG